UUUGUCCGCAACAGUCAUGGAUAUCGACCCCAUUUAUCUUUCGGAAGACGAACCAUCAUUACGAAAAACGAAAAGGAUCUCGCAUGGCAAUUCUUGGCCUCCUCUUACCCACUUUGAUCAAAUGUGGACCCAAUAUAACCGAUGGGAAUACAAAGAAUAUAAAGAAAUUAGCGAGGGCGGUGGCGUGACGAGCAUUGUGGACGACGAAAUUUUUCGACUUGUUCGUCUCAGAGCCUUCUUUAAUUCGUUGAAAGGAUUUUAUACGGGUCGUUCAGAUCUAACCGGACGCUUUCGCGCCCGCUUCGACUUUCUUUACGCGCGCUGGGAGAAGCUGAGAGUGGAUCUUGACGCUCUUGCUGCUACCGCCGAGCCAUAUCAAGACGAGUGGAUCGAUUUCCUGGAACAAAAGCACGAAUACACAAAUUACAAAAUGACCGACGAGGAGUUAUGGAAGCAGUUUCAACAGAAAUGGCUUCUCCCAAGUGAGGCAGACUAUGCAGAUAUCAUGAGAAUGGCCGGAUCUGGUCCGAAGAUUGCGCACGAUGCGGAGCCGAAAUUUCAGAAACUUUUGAUAGACCACCUUCCUGAUGAGCUGCUCGACGCAAUUUACAAGCACAUGGAUAUAACAGACUCACUCCUUUUGUCUGCGACCUGCCGUCGUAUGCGUGCUGUAUCUUUACCAUUUAUCUACACAUCUCGCAAUCUGGGUCUGUACCAAAAUACCACGGCGAUUUUGUCCCGGAACGCCAUACAGAAGGAACAUGCAAUCAAGGAUCUGCUUAAGGCCUCCGUUCGGGCCCUCGAAGAUGCUUAUUUCCUCCUCACCCGCCCCGAUAUUACCUCCAAAUUCCAGAGCAUAAAUGUGUUCAAUCAUUGGGACAUCACUAUAACUUUUCACCACGAUGAUUUUCCACCCAGCCUUUUCCUCCCUGCCAUUUCCCAUACCAUCUGUGCAGUCCUGGGCCAUUCCAUGAAUUUGACCAACCUUUCCAUGUUUACGUUUCCCCUCCACAGUCACAUCUUCCAAGCUAUCGCCGCAUUGCCACACCUCCGCACCUUCAAUCUAACUAGUUGUCCUAUCGAAAGCACUAUAACUUCCCCGCAGCUGGUUCAAGUCAGAAAUUUGGCUGUACAUAUCCGAGACGAAGAGUCCAUCUCCACGUGGGAAACUCUCGCUCUCUUUCCGAAUGCUAUCAAUGUUUUGUUCUUUCAUUCAUCGAUAUUUACGAUGCAGCUGGCCGACGCUAUCACCUUGGACCGGUUUAGUCAUCUGACGCACCUGUGCUUGGGGAAUUUAGUCGAGACAAUCUUUCCCGAUAUUGUUCAUUUCCUACACGAUACAACAGAACAUCAUCUUACACACCUAAAGCUUAUAUUCAUAAAUCCCAUCGAUGAUGCCAGCCUCUUCGUUCUCCUCAACGAAUUGCAGGCCCAUCCCAUGGAAAUUCUUAUCAUCGAUGGCUUGCUGGAAGGAAGACCCGCUAUCAUCAGGCGUAUAUCCAGUUGUCUCCCUGGUCUUACCGCACUAUCUCUCUCUCGGCGAGAAAGCCAGCGCCAACGAAAGACUCGAUUCACAUGUUCCUGGCCCCUUCCGCCGUUCGAAUAUGCGCCAUACUUUUCUUCCUUCUCAAAGCUGCGUUAUUUCGACUGGAAUUACCGUAUGAACCGUGGCGUUACGAGCUGGACAAUGCUGGUUAUUGAAGGGAACGACAAGUGCGGUCCCUGUGGCGCACCGUACGAGCUCUGGGAGAGCAAGGAUGGUGAUCUGGAUGAUAAUGAUAGCCAGCACCCCCUGGUGUCGGUUUUUGCUGCAUAUAGCCCUUCUUUGGAGACAGUGACUGUGGGAGGCGGCGGAGGACUUCCUUUCGCGUCGUGGGGUAUUGUUCGCGGAGGCGAUGGCACGACAAUAUCGAAAGUGGUCCCAACGUCAAAGCUUUCUGGCUCCGCCCGAGGAAUAUGGAACCCUAAUGAGUGGAGCAGAGAUAUUGAUUCAUGCACUUCCUGCCGAUAUGACAAACUUUGCUUUGCAGAUUGGGAUGUCAAGUCCGGUACGAACCCUCUCGAACAGCUCCGAUUGAUAUACACGUAUGCCGUCAUUAGCAAAACCAUCAUGGUUCUCGGCUAUUUCCCUAGGACGUGGGCAGGUGUAGGACGGGAAGAUAGAGUUCAUCGGGGCGGAACUGGAAUUAUUUAUGGGAGAGAGGUUGCUGAUGGAGACGAAAUUCAUGACAGCGAAUAG